GAGGAUUAGAGCACCCAUCUCUAUCUGAGCUCAAUCAAAUCUGGCAAUUGCAAGCAUGGCGCCCAGAGAACAGGUUCUGUGCGUGGAGGAAGGAGAAGGGGAGGUCAUCGACCUUGGGUCAUUGGAUCUAUUCAAGGAGAGCAAGGAUGAGGUUGGAACCAAGCAGCCGAAACAGAAGCAGGAAGUUCUGCUCACCGCCUUCAAAACUGGCGCGAAUGAUGAGGAUGAUGAAAUAAAAGAGGAAAAGGAGAUUGAGGGCAAGAAUGCAAAUAACAAUACGUUGAAUUUGAACGAUGUGGUCGACGAGAAAAUGCACAAAGGAGGAAGCUGGAAAGGACGAGAGGUGAAGAAGGUGGAGACAGAGGAAGAAGACACGAAUGUAGAGAUCGAGAGGGUGACGAUGGAGGAGACAAUGUGGGAGGAGAAGAUGGAAGUUUUGCUACCAAAAAGAAAUGAGAAGAAAGGAUUUUUGAAGAUGAUCAUAGAGAAGUGGACUUAAAUACCAGAUUAUUAUGUUCCAUUUACAAUCCCAUAUUGUCUUGGAAAUGAUCCAUUUAUGUUAUGUCAAUUUUAUUUGAGUCAAGUUUGUAUAACUAAGAUUUUAUAAAA